CACGCUCUCCUCCCCAUUGGCUGAGACUCAACCAGCACCGCGGCUCACUCAAAGUGGCUCCAAGGAACAUUCAAGAAGUUUUGUGAGAAACAGACAAAGUCGCGGCUGCGCUCAAUAAAUACAACGUCUCGGAUCAUCCUAAUACGGUUCAGGCAAUUGUUUUAUUCAAGUUCUUGAAUCAGUAUCCAAAUUCACCAGUUGGCAACUCUUCGCACAUAGACAUACCCAUCCUUGCAUUGCUACCAGCAUGGCGGGCUCACAAAGCGGGAGACCUCGAGUCUAUUUCGACAUCGAGAUUGGCGGAAGGAAAGAAGGCCGCAUUGUAUUCGAACUUUUCAGCGAUGUUGUUCCCAAAACUGCAGAGAACUUCCGUGCACUAUGUACUGGCGAGAAAGGGAUCGGCAAGUCCGGCAAGCCACUGAGCUACAAAGGUUCAAUCUUCCACCGAGUGAUCAAAUCCUUCAUGAUCCAAGGUGGUGACUUCACAAACUUCAACGGCACCGGAGGAGAGUCCAUCUACGGCGAGAAGUUCGACGACGAAAACUUCGAGUUGAAGCAUGACCGACCCUUCCUGUUGUCCAUGGCCAACUCUGGGCCAGGCACCAAUGGCUCGCAAUUCUUCAUCACGACCGUCCCAACCCCUCAUCUCGACGGAAAGCACGUUGUAUUUGGCGAGGUCCUCAACGGGAAAAACAUCGUCCGCAAGAUCGAGAACCUUCCCACACAGUCAGACAAACCGGUCGGCGGCGACGUGGUUGUAGUGGACUGCGGACAGCUAGAGGGUGAAAAUUACGAGAAGGCGACUGAGAAAGCUCCCGACGCAACCGGUGAUCCAUAUGAGGACUUCCCCGAGGAUCAAGGCCAGGACCUCAAGGGCGAGGAGUACUACAAGAUCGCGCUGGACCUCAAGGAAUUUGGCAACAAAGCAUACAAGGCGGGCGACCUCGAGACAGGCAUUGAGAAGUACCAAAAGGCACUGAGAUAUCUCAACGAAUACCCGGCAGCCUCCGAGAACGACCCCAAGGACCUUCAGAGCAAUAUGGACCACUUACGGUUUACGCUACACAGCAAUUCGGCGCUACUGGCCAACAAGUCCAAACGUUAUGCGGAAGCACAGAAGUGGGCUUCGUUUGCCAUUGAUGCCAUUCCCAAGGACGCAAAGGACACCGACAAGGCCAAAGCAUAUUUCCGACGCGGCCAGGCCCGGGUUGCUCUGAAGGAUCUGGAGGAAGGACUCAAGGACUUUGAGGAGGCGGCCAAACUGGCUCCUGAGGAUGCAGCGAUCAAGGCCGAGCUUGCCAAGACGAAGAAGACGUUGCAAGAGAGCAUCAAGAAGGAAAAGGAGGCCUACAAGAAGUUCUUUGGGUGAAAAAAUAAAGAACGAAAGGCCGGCCGAACUGAGUGCUAAGUUGCGGUUUGCAGUUUGCAGCUCGCAGCGAGUUGUGUCUUCUCGGCUGCUUGUACGAAGUUGAAAGCAUGUUCUAAUGAAGGACUCUCAGACACUGCAUUCUAAUGGUGGACGGGCAUGGCUGAUGAUGAUGGCAUUUCUUUGGCUCAUUCUGACCGGAUGUGCAAAAGGCGUUUAUGCGAGUGGAGGGCUCCCAGUUCACUACUUUGCUGACGGUGGGGGGGGGGGGGUGUUGAAGCA